AUUUUAGUAGAUGAAUCUACAGACAUAGGUGUAGUAAAAAAUAUAUGUGUAUGUGUUAGGUACUUUAGUGAAAAAACAAAUGAGGAACACUAUUUGUAACAUAAUUUUGAAGAAAAAUUGAUAAUUCUGGCAACAUCAUACCAUAAUUCCUUUACUGGCCGGUGGCAUCACUGGUGCUGGUACUACAGCUACCUUAACCUAAAAAUGUCCGUAAGAAAAUCGGUUUUAAACUUUGGUGUUCUACGUGUUGUUGUUCUGGUAAUGAUUGCUGCUUUCAGAAGUGCAGGUGAUCAUUCCUAAUAUGGCUUCCACCUGUAACUAUUGCCGACUACAUUUCGAAAAUGAUGAAUUCAGGGAUAAACAUCACAUGCAGUGUGGCCCACAAUUGUCGAUCAAAAUUCAUCUGGAUAAAGCUAUAGAGAGACAAUUGAGUGCAAAGUUGAAAGAAUUAACAGAUGAAAAUACAUCAAAAAAGGAUGCACUUAAAGAUGCGAAAGAAAAGAAAAAACAUCACUGUUCUGAAUGCCCAUACAAAACAGAUCGUAGGAAUUGCUUGGACAUUCACAGGUUGAGGCACUCAAAAGAAGGUGCAAAAAUAUUUGUUUGCACUACAUGUAAAUUUCAAUCCUAUUUGGAAAAAUCAUAUACACGGCACUUGAAUAUACACAAUAAAAACUCUAAAAAAAUUUAUUGCCAUCUUUGCGAUUAUAAAGCAAGUCGGAAAGAUCUUCUCAAUCAGCACAUGUUGUGUCAUGAUAGGUCCAAUAAGAAAAUGUAUUCCUGUAAUAUUUGCGAUUAUAAGUCGGUCUACAAAAGUGGUAUUAGAUCGCAUAGCUUGGUUCAUGAGAAAAGUCACAGACCACACUACAUUUGUUAUUAUUGCAAUUUCAAAACACACGAUAAGGGUACUUUGAAAAAACAUAUACAAAGACACUUGAAAAGGCUAACACCAUUCAAAUGUCCGUCUUGUAUGAAUGAAUAUUCUUUGAAAACUAGCAGAGAUGAACAUAUCUUAAGGAUUCAUCCUAACCUAUCCCAUCUAGUAACUAGUAAGGUGCACAAUUGUUCAGUUUGCAGUUACAAGACGACACAGACUGGGGGCUUAAGAUCCCAUCAGAUGAAACAUUCCAAAGAAAAUGCAGAAAUAUUCAAAUGCAAGAUAUGUGACUAUAGUUCAUAUAGAAAAGGUGGUUUCAAACUUCAUAUGCGAAUCCAUGAUAACAUCAAAAAAUUUAUAUGUGUAAAAUGUAAAAAAAAAUUUAUACAGGACAGUCAUCUUGCUAAUCAUAUUUUAGCAAACCAUGGUAAGGAUAAGAAACUUGUAAGUACUAUAGCCCGUAAAAUUUAUACCUGUGAAUUUUGCAAAUAUAGAGCGAUCAAUAAAAAUCGGAUGGUGGAACAUUAUAAUGGAUUGCACAAUAAAAAAUUUACGUGAUGCCUGAAUCUAGUAUCACAGUACUUACUCCAUUUAUGUAGGUACUUCGAUUUGUUUGUCUCCAAAAUGUCAGUCUGUAGUCAGGAUGAAAGUACAUUCUGCAAAUGGACCUGGGAUAACUUAAUUUAUUGAGAGUUUUGUCAUUUACUGUUUUUAUAAUAAUAUUAUAUUUCGAAAAUAAAAAAGUGUAUUUGUA